GAAGACACAAAGCGUGCCAGCUGGCUCAGCUACCGAACCCUAUGGCAGUUCAAGGAAUCCCUCCUUCCCGACACCUACACUCCAGCGCACGGACGUGCGGAGCAUUUUCAUCCCGGACCCCGCAGAAGUGAGAUGACUGGAACCCGGCGCGUUUCACUCUAAACCUUCUCUUCUAGAUGGUAAGAACAUGAAGCAGACCGCUGACAGAUUGUGAUCGAGUCGCCCUCCUCUCCCCUGUGCAGGAACGAGAGGCGAGACAGACCCCGGCCGGCUCUGAAAAGUUGCCUGGACAACAGCUUCGCCCCUGGGUGAAGAUGGAAAAAACCUUCUGGACCUUAGGGGUGUUGGUGAUAUCUCUGGUACCGUCCGCGUACUGCACAAACAGUGACUUUCAAAGCCGGAAGGGACCGUCAAAAAGAGUUGCCCGUUCUUUGGACAGUGCAGAUGCCAAUGAUGGUAAGCGCUGUGGUUACACCUUCAUGGUCCCCCAGCAGAAAAUUACGGGGCCAAUAUGUGUCAGCACCAAAGGACCGGGCCCAGGCAAGGACCAGGUAACGAGAAUGGAUUUGGAAAACCUUAAAGACGCUUUAGCUAAGCAAAGGAGAGAGAUGGAGAUACUACAAGUGGUGGUGGACAUGGACGGAAAUAUCGUCAGCGAGGUCAAGUUACUGAGGAAAGAGAGCCGCAAUAUGAACUCCCGCGUUACGCAGCUCUACAUGCAGCUCCUACACGAGAUCAUUCGGAAGAGGGAUAACGCUCUUGAAAUCGCUCAUCUGGAAAACAAAAUCCUCAACGUCACGGCCGAGAUGCUCAGAGCCGCAACGCGCUACAAGGAGCUGGAAAAAAGAUACGCCUCGCUAGUGGAUGUGGUCAAUAACCAGUCCACCGUUAUCUCACUGCUGGAGGAAGAGUGCAUGAGGGUCUUCUCCAGGAGGGACCCCCAGGGCUCACCGCCGUUAGUUCAAGUGGUGCCCCAGCACAUCCCAAACAUCCAGCAGUACACCCCUGGAUUAGGGGGCAGCAACGAGAUUCAGAGAGAUACAGGAUACCCAAGGGUCAGAGACAGCAGACAGCCGCCACAACCUCCAGCACCCACCGUCAGCCCAUUCCGGGUUCCUCCAGUCACGGUCAUCGAUGAAGGUCCUUUCAGGGACUGCAAUCACGCAAAGGAGUCAGGCUUUGCCAGCAGUGGAAUCUACUUGAUAAAACCCAAAGACUCCAAUCGUCAGAUGCAGCUCUGGUGCGAGAACAGUCUGGAUCCUGGCGGUUGGGCGGUCAUACAGAGGAGGAUCGACGGAUCAGCCAACUUUUUCAGGAACUGGGAAAACUAUAAGAAAGGCUUUGGAAACAUCGAUUCAGAGUAUUGGCUGGGGCUGGAGAACAUCUAUCGACUAACAAGCCAAGAUAACUACAAGCUGCUGAUUGAACUGGAAGACUGGAACAAUAAAAAAGUCUACGCAGAAUACAGCAGCUUCCGACUGGAGCCGGAGUCCGACUACUACAGGCUACGACUGGGAACGUAUCAAGGGAAUGCUGGCGACUCCAUGGUGUGGCACAAUGGCAAGCAGUUCACCACACUGGACAGAGACCGGGAUAUGUAUACAGGUAACUGCGCACAUUUCCAUAAAGGAGGAUGGUGGUACAAUGCAUGUGCACACGCCAAUCUCAACGGUGUAUGGUACAGAGGAGGGGUUUACCGAAGUAAACAUCAAGAUGGCAUCUUCUGGGCAGAAUACAGGGGCGGCUCCUAUUCUCUCAAAAAGGUCCAAAUGUUGAUCAGACCAAUAGACUGAAGCACAAAAGGAGGACAAUGAAGAAAGGUGCUCUGCUCGCAUUAAUGGCUCCAGUCAUGAAGACUUUUCAUGAUGUUGUCAAGGACGUUUUCUUCCGCUUGACCCAUAAACUGUAAUUAUGAAAAUGUUAAGAGGAACGCUGGACAUCCCUCCAUUUAAAGGUUUCCGUGUAUUUCCGGCUAAAUAUUUUAUUGGAUUAAUGUAAAGAAAUAACAGGUACGACAUGGCUUCUGGUGCUCCACCAGCAAUGGUCAGAGCAGUUCAGAACGCCUGCAAAAUAAUGUAAGAGGGGAUGCACCAUAUAUCAUGUCCAGGUCCACAGAAGGCAAUGAAGAAAUGAGAGAAUUAUGUGUUAUUUAAUACUUAAAGGGAACCAGUCAUCAACUUUAUGCUGAUCUCACCGAGGGCAGCAUAAAAUGGUGACAGAAAUGCCGAUUUCAGCGGUGUGUCACUCGUGAGCUAAAAGUAAGUGGUUGCUGAGA